ACUCCGGUGUUAAAUAGUUACUAUUAUCUAAUUUUGAGAAUUAGUGAUUUAAGUGCUGUCAUUUAAAUUAAAAUAUUUGAAAGAAGUUCAUUACAAAUGUUUCUUGAGAUCUGAAGGAUCGAAGGAUUGUUGCUGACGUUUCGAGGACUCGCAGUGGCCGCCCGCGGUCGCAGCCAGACUGGAGUAUUUACGGUGUAAAGCCAAGCAAUGCUGGACGAGCUCAGCCCGACCUCAGCCUCCAACCGGUCCACGGAGUACGUCAGCGACCAGCACAACAUCUACGUCACUUUUUACGAUGAGGUCAACAAGGUGUAUGUCAACGACACUCAGAAUUUUACAGAGCCUUACCAAUCAUUCAUCCUGCCGUGGUGGAGACAAGUGCUGUGGACUGUACUAUUCGCUGGCAUGGUGGUGGUGGCCACCGUGGGCAAUCUGGUGGUCAUCUGGAUUGUACUGGCCAACAAGAGGAUGAGAAGCGUCACUAACUACUUCUUGGUGAACCUGUCCGUGGCAGACGCGAUGGUGUCGACCCUCAACGUCACCUUCAACUUCACCUACAUGCUGUACUCCGACUGGCCCUUCGGCCACUUCUACUGCAAGUUCUGCCAGUUCAUCGCGGUCCUCAGCAUUUCUGCUUCAGUGUUCACCCUCAUGGCUAUCAGUAUAGACAGAUACGUAGCCAUAAUGAGCCCACUACGCCCACGGCUGGGCAAGCGCGCCACGCUGGGUAUAGCGGCGGCAAUCUGGGCUGGGAGCUCCAUCAUCAGCAGUCCGAACCUGGUUUACUUCACCACUGACACCACCUUGUUACCAGAUGGCAGCACAAGACGCGUCUGCUUCCCGGAGUGGCCCGACGGAACCACCACAAGAUCUCAACACGAAUACAUAUACAACGUAUCGUUCAUGGUACUAACAUAUUUUCUGCCGAUCAUCUCCAUGACAUACACGUAUGCGAGGGUGGGGGUGGAGCUGUGGGGGUCGCAGUCCAUUGGGGAGUGCACACAGCGGCAGCUGGACAACGUCAAGAGCAAGCGGAGGGUGGUGAAGAUGAUGAUCGUAGUGGUUGUGAUCUUCGCGGUCUGCUGGCUACCCUUCCACGUGUACUUCGUGGUGACGUCAUACUACCCCGACGUCGUCAACUACCCCCAUAUACAAGAGAUCUACCUUGGGUUCUACUGGCUCGCUAUGAGCAAUUCCAUGUACAACCCCAUAAUUUACUGCUGGAUGAAUUCUAAAUUCAGGCGUGGAUUCAAGCAAUUCUUUUGGUGUUGUGGCGCCUUCGGGGGAGGUGGACUGACCAGACACAGACCAUUUGGGCCUGACCGUCUCGACAGAUCCGUUCGCUCGAUUUCACCCAGUAGGAAGAAUGGAACUAGUAUAUUCAAGGUGACAACCAAAACAACAAAAUUCAUCAAAAAGCCACCGGGGUCCCCCCAUUUGCUGCAUGCAAAUAAAAUUCACAAGCACGAUCCGAAUCUCGAUGCAUAGCACGUACAAUAGUACGAUGAUGAGCACCGCCUGACAGCGGCGUGGGACGUCCGCUUCGCACAACGAAUGCGGAGCGAAUGACGUACACACUGGAGUUGAGCGCACGUGGAUAUGACGCGCGUCCCGCACCCCGCGCGUCCCUCCCACCCCGCAAGACCUGUACGCGUGAGCUCAUUGGCGAACAACUGACCAAUGUGUAAAUUCUUUGUUUCAAAAUUUGCCACGUCCUAAAGUUUUCUAACCGAUAAUUUAAGUUACUUUUAAGCAAUUGCGCUUGUCAUCAUUGGUAUUACAUGUAUUUUAAGGAGUGUAAAGAAUGAUUCAUCAUCAGGGUUUAGAUAAAGACUAAGUUAAAAAACCAGUUCGCCAAGAGGACCAAACCAUCAGAACUUUCGAAUGAUUCAGUUCCUCUUACAUUAAUUAUUAACGACAUUAUUUGUUUUUGUGUAAGUUUACAUAAGUUAGAUAAUAGUUUAGUGCAGCUUCAUGAGCUUAUUGUGUAAAUGUCUAAUAUAAAGUAUAUAUUACAAGACUAGCUUCUGGCCACGGCUUCGCGCACGGCAAGAAAUAGUCAUUCUUCAGUUCUCCAACUAUCUCAAUGGCCAAAAUUACUAAUCUUCAAUCAAAUGAUCCGUUUUGCCGUGAAAGAAGGAAAAAAAUCCAAACAUGCUUUCACAUAUGAAUGUGUAUGGAAAUAUUAUUAUAGAAAGAAAAUGAUAGCUAAAUAGGUGUAACAAUUGCAAGUAAUUUGUAAAUAUCUAAGUGACAGGUAUCUUUACUAAACUAUGACAAAAUAUCAUUAUAAGUAGGUAACUAAAAUUUCAAUAAAACUUCGUAUAUUGCAACUUUGCUUGGCAUGAUGAUUUUGAGAAAUAUUAUCAUUACAUUUUAUCGUACAUUUUCCGAGUUUUCGGAUCCAUUUUUCUACUUGAAUACAAACAAUAUCAAAUUUGAGGUUUGUUGAUAAAGGGAAAAUUAUGGUUUCUCCGUAAUUUUUUGACAAGCGCUACUUCAUAAAAAAUAUAUUUAAAGAAAAUUUGUACAGUAACCUAUUUAUUAUAUAACAAAUAUAUCAUUAUUGUUCAAUAAUGUCUACUUAAAAGCAUUUAUCCUGAUUCAGUGUUUACGUUAUACUAUUUUAAUAAUCUUUUGAUCAAAAAUCUUUUAGUUUUCGCUAAAUUCAGAUUAUUGAUACUAAAUUUAUAUACGUAAUACUCAAUUAUUAGCAUUACACUUUUAAUUUAACAUAUAAGAUUAAAAACGACUGGUCGGUGGAGUUCUUCCAUCUCUCUCUAUGUUCAGUCAUCGUUUUGAUAUGACACCACUGAAUCGACACAGCAUUUCACCGAAUAUAUUUUUUAUAUAUUUUCGUAACGUUUAUACGAGCGAAGCUCAAACAUACUAAUUAAUUUCCCUAAUUUGUAUUUUUCAUAAAAAAAUAUUUAAUCUUACUCAUUUUAUUAUCACUAUUAAUUUACUUAUACUAUUUUAUUAUGUAAAUAAAACCCAAUUAGGUAUUUCCUUGACAUAUAAAGUGUAUAUAUAGUUAGGAUAUGUAUUAAAAUGAAAUGUUUUUUAAUGUUGAACUAAGUGGCAUUCGAUGAAAUUAUAGAAAAUAAAUAUAUGUGAAAAGGUAAAAAUA